GGCGCUCAAGAAGAAAUCCUGUGAAAGGAGACCCGACUCAAUGUUCAAGGUGUGUUCUUUUUCUGCUUAAUCGAUGUGAUCAUUUGGGAAAAUCUUUGUUUCUGUCAUGGGUUUUUCUUUCUGCAAAAGCCUAAUUUUGGUAAGAGCUGAAGAUAGACACUCUUUUACAGUGUCCCAUCUCAUAAAUUCAUGUGGGUUUUCUCCUGAAUCCGCUCUUUCCAUUUCCAAGAAAGUUCUAUUUAAAACCCCCAAAACCCCAGAUUCAGUGAUUAACUUCUUGAGCAAGCACGGUUUCUCGCAAACCCAGAUCAGAAGAUUGAUCGAGAAAGAACCCCAAGUUCUUGGGUACAAUCCUGAGAAAUCCCUCUUGCCCAAAUUCAACUUCUUUUACUCCAAAGGUCUUUCAAGCUCUGAACUUGCUGGACUCUUGUCAACAUACCCUUAUAUUUUGAGAAGGGGUUUGGAUUCCCACAUCAUUCCCAAUUUUAAUUUCUUCAAGAAUUUGGUUGGCUCUAGUGAUAAUAAGGUAUUGUUGGCUUUCAAGCGUUUCUCUGGCGUUCUAUAUUCGAAUUAUAAGUCCUUAUCUCCUCCCAAUGUUGCAUUACUACGAGAACAUGGUGUGCCUGAGUCCAAUAUUGUGAGUCAACUGAUUAAUACCCCUAGAGUCUUUGCUGCUAACCAUGAUAAGUUCAAAAGUGUUGUGCAAGAAGUAAAAAAGAUGGGUUUUGAUCCAGGGAAGUAUGCUUUCUUGGGUGCUAUUUCAGUCAUGAUACAGUUGGGAAAAGGAACUUUGGAAAGGAAAUUCGAUGUUUACAGGGAGUGGGGCUGGUCUAAGGAGCAGGCUCUUCUUGCUUUUCUCAAGUUUCCUUUGUGUAUGAAUUUAUCUGAGACCCAUAUUAAUGCUGUAAUGGAUUUCUUUGUCAACAAGAUGGGUUUGAGUUCUUCCUAUGUUGCUGAGAGACCAGCUCUUCUUUCAUACAGCUUGAAGAAUAGAAUCAUCCCUCGUUGUUCUGUCCUUCAAGUUGUGUUGUCCAAAGGUUUGGUCAAGGAUGGCUUUAGUUUGCUCAGUGUGGUAUCCGUAACUGAAGAUAAGUUCUUACAGAAGUAUGUGACUUGUUGUAAGGAUGAGGCUCCCCAGCUGAUGAAGUUAUAUCAGGAAAAAUUAAGUAUUUCUAAAUGACAGGAUAUAAGCAACACAUUUUAGCAAUGUGAGCUAGCUCCGUUCAUUCCUUUGUUUAUUUUCCAUUUUGCUGUGUUGCUUUUAAUUUUGAUGGAGCGUUAUAUGCAACUGAUUUUUAUCUGAAGUUGGAAGUGAUUUUAGAUGCCUAAUGUUGAUGCUGGAUAGAGAAAUAUGCCAAUUGUUUCCACAUCUUCGUAUUUAUAGCACUCCUGAUCGAGCCGGAACCAGAAAUUGUAGGCUGUACAAACGGCCGUAAAAACGGCAAAAAGAGUUCCCAUAAACUCACGUUUUCAAAAAAUCUCUUGAUUUUGUUUAAAAUGUUUGGUUUGAAAAAAAAAAAAGUUUCACUUUGGUGCUAAUUUGUAUAUUGCUCUAUGCAGGUUCUGAUUCCCUGCCCAAUUGAGCAUUUGAGCAUUCAAUUGAGCAUUUGAGCAUUUUCUUGAGUGCACUAGACUAAUAUAGAGAUGCACCUUUAAACGAACUGGAAUACUAAUUAGCUCUAAGAUUUUGAGAAUGCUAGUCUAUUAUUAUUUAUUGCAACUAUAUUCAAAACAAAGAAAAAAAUACAUAUUAACUUAAAAGAAUAAGCCUUCAGACUCAUCAGCAAUAUUCCAUUUCAUUACAACAUGCCGUGCCAAAGAGAAUGCAUUUAUUUUUGCAAAUCCAUGCAUAUUAUUAGCUCUUACAUCUGCUUUAAUUUUUUUUUUUUUUGAACAUAUUUGCAAGGGGCGGGUUUCGAAUCCAGCUCGGAGAGGGAGGAAUGCACCGGGGUGGCUAUUACCACUAGGCCUCAAGGGCCAGGUGCCUUACAUCUGCUUUAAUUGAUAGAACAAUAAAAGAAAAAAGUAUGUGAGAGGAUGGAUAUGCUUGUUGGGUUGAAGCCAGAUAUGAUAGGAAGAGGCAUGUGAAAGGAUUGAUGGAUAUGCUCGUUUGGUUCAAGCCAAAUAUGAUAAAAGAUUGUAUUUCAG